AUGGUAUUUGGACGACUCAAAUCAAUCAAGCUGAAAUCAUUGCAAAGACUUGUAAGGUUUUAUUCAGGGAAUGCCACUCUGCAAUGCUCAUAUUUAAAAAUUGUCAUGGUAGUUAAAUGUCCCAGUAUGAAAACUUUUUCUGAAGGAGUCAUGAAAAUGCCAAUGUUUUCAGGAAUUCAAACAUCUAAGGAUUCUGAUUUAACCUUCCAUGACGAUCUCAAAACAACUAUCAAGAAAUUGUUUCAUGAAGAGGUAAGAAUUCAUUCUCUCAAUUCAAUUGUUAUUCGUACAGUGCAAAAUUAUUACUACCAGUUGACAGUUCAUUUGUCAUUCUCAGAUGUGGAAUUAGAGGAACUAGAGUAUUACAUUACAAUCGCAGAGACAAAAGGCACAGUUUGUGUCACUGGAGGCACAGGCUUCAUUGGUUCAUGGAUCAUCAAGUCACUCCUUGAACAUGGAUAUUCUAUCAAUACAAUUAUUAGAUCUGACCCAGGAUGCAAGAGGGAUGUUAGCUUUCUCAAAAAUCUACCUAGUGCAUCAGAAAAGCUACGUUUUUUCAAAGCUGAUCUAAGUGACCCAGAGAGUUUUGGUCCAGCAGUAGAAGGGUGUGUUGGGAUUUUUCACACUGCCACACCAAUCGAUUUUGCAGUGAACGAGCCAGAAGAAGUUGUGACCAAAAGGGCCAUUGAGGGAGCAUUGGGCAUACUGAAAGCAGCUGUGAAAUCAAAGUCAGUGAAGAGGGUUGUCUACACUUCUAGUGCUUCCACUGUUUCCUUCCUGGCCCAGAGCCACAAAGAUGUGGUUGAUGAAAGUGCUUGGAGUGAUGUUGAUUUGCUGAGGAAGUUGAAGCAUUUUAGUUGGUCAUAUACAGUUUCAAAGGUGUUGAUAGAGAAGGCAAUGUUUGAGUUUGGAGAAUAGAAUGGAUUGGAAGUUGUGAGUCUUGUGCCUCCCUUUGUUGUUGGACGUUUCAUCUGUCCCAAGCUUCCUGACUCUGUUGAAAGAGCACUGCUUUUGUUGUUUGGCAAAAAGGAAGAAAUUGGUGUGAUUCGUUACCAUAUGGUUCAUGUGGAUGUUGCUAGAGCACAUAUCUUUCUGCUGGAGCAUCCUAAUCCCAAAGGGAGAUAUAACUGUUCACCCUUCAUUGUACCCAUUGAAGAGAUUGCUGAAAUUAUUUCAACCAAAUACCCAGAAUUUCAAAUACCAUCUGUAGAAGAGGCGAAGGAAAUAAAAGGUGCCAAGUUGCCACAUUUAGACUCGCAGAAACUGGUGGAUGCUGGCUUUGAGUUCAAGUAUAGUGUGGAGGACAUUUUUACUGAUGCAAUUGAAUGCUGCAAGCAAAAUGGUUAUCUUUAAAUCAUUUCACUCAUCAGAUUCACAAAAUAAAAUCAAUGAUUGUUGGAGGCAUCUACAUUGUUUGAUGCAUCUUGUUAUUUUCCUAAUUAGUCAAUAAAGGAUGUAAUUUUUGUCCAUUGUCU